GCAGUUAUGCCGGCCCGUCCUACGAUGAUAUCGUUCCUAUGGAGAGCAUACAAGGUCAGUGGGCGAGAUGUGCAAAGGGCUGGCUCCCUUUGUGCUUGGAUGGCCGGAACGUUUUCGAGGUGGUGGAGGGUACUCUGCGAGCACGCUGUGUCUCCUCUCAGGGUGUGGCCUACAGAAGAACUGCGAACCUGGAGGACCGCGAGAUGACAGUGAUGGGGCCGAUCUUCCAAGAAGUUGUGGAUGUCACGGAGCGGCUUGGCAACUGGAUUCGAUGCGCGAAUGGCUGGCUGCCUUUGUCCAUAGGCGGGCAGCCGGUCUUCGAGCUGUUUGCAGAAGCCAAGCAGAGACCACAUCAGGUGCAAGCGGAAGACGCAGGUUCGCAUUUGGGCAAAACGCUGUGGCCCUUCGGAGGACUUGCAGAUACCUGGACGUGGUUUCUAGUGCGGACCUCUUGUCGUUGGGGUUUCAGCUUUGCAACCAGCUCUCCGAAACUGACGCUGAGCCUGGUUGUCCUGUCCGGCAUCUCACUUUCAGUAUCGGCGUUCAUGGCAAGGAUAAUGUUUCGUGCAUGGUGGUACUCGCUCCCAUCUCUCCGCUGA